UACAGUUGUUGCAGAAGGGUGUACGGUGGCCGUGCGCGGUCAAACCUUCCACUGCAGCAGCAGUCAUGGAGGGGGUCACGGUGGGCCAGGUAUUCGACGCGGAGUGCAUUCUAAGCAAGCGGUCCAGAAAGGGAAAGUUCGAGUAUCUGGUGAAGUGGAGGGGCUGGUCGUCCAAGCACAACAGCUGGGAGCCGGAGGAGAACAUUCUGGACCCCAGGCUUCUGGCUGCGUUUCACAAGAGAGAACAAGAGCGAGAGCUUCUGUUCCAGAAGAAAGGGAAGCGCCCACGUGGAAGACCUCGAAAGAUUUUGCCACCGCUUACGGCAGACAAGGACAGCCGAUCUUCAUCGUGCUCUUCCUCUGGCCUCUCGUCGCCACAUAUCUCCUCUUCAUCAGAAGAUGAGGAGCACACAAAAAAGGCCAAGCCAUCGAACGUCCACCCUGUCCCGCAGAAGAGGCCUCAUAUCAUGCUGGCCAAAGCAGACCCCCCUCGUAAGAAGAAACGUGGGAGGAAGCCCCUGCCCCCCGACCUGAAGGUGCUGCGUCAGGUAAAGAACCGACCUUCUCCUCUUCCUCCACGCCACCACCAGCCAAUCAGGUUACCCAGGGAGGAUACGCGGCCCGGCAUAAAGAAGCCGCUACAGCCGGCCAGCUUCACUUACUUGAGCAGGACGUCCAGAGAUGAGGCCGCCGCUUCUUCCCACGCUUUCUCUCAGAGUGCAGCUUCCAAAGUUGGGUCCAUCAGCAUGUGGGUGGGCCGCUCCCUGUCCGCCUCCUCUCCGUCCUCCAAGACCGGCCCAUCCCAGAAAAACUCUUACCUGAAGCGCUCCUUCUCAGAAAGUGGAGGGGGGAGCUUUAAAAUGUCUCCUGUCAAAUCAGGUGGAACCUCGAGCUCCCCCGGGGCACAUGGUAGCUUCAGUGGGAGCCAGGUGGUAAUUCAGAGCCCCGCCCCAAGUCAAAAGAGGCCAGAAGGUCAGGGAGUGAAGACGGGAGUGGUUCAACACAAGCAGCAGAAUCCUGGGCUCUCCAAACCUUCAUCAUCAUCGUCUCCCUUCCUACGAGACCGAGCCAGCCAGGCGCUCAACCUCAGAGCGGUUAACCUGCAGAGUGUCAGCAAGACCCCCACUGGGGGCCCGCACGGGAGCUCAGACUUCAAGAGUGGGACUGUUAAAGGGGGGUCACGGAGCAGCCUGUCAGCUGGCGGUGGCGCAGAGCGGGGACGGGACAGAGAGCAAGUGAUGCGGGGCGACAGCGCCCUGAGGGACAAACGUAACCAGCGGAGUGACUCUCAGGACCGCGGCCUGAAUGAGCUCAGCACCGGAGACUCUGAUGAGAUCAGCAGCAGUGAGUCCGAACGCGGUCCCGCCCUGUUCCCCGACAAAACCCGGCCCAGCCUCGGCGUCAGCGCCACUGACUCGGACACAGAAACGGACUGGCGACCCGAGAGGUACCUCCUGGAACACGUCUCCGUCACCGACGUCACGGCCAACUUCAUCACGGUGACGGUGAAGGAGUCACCCACCAGCGUGGGCUUCUUUAAUUCACGCAAUCAUUGAGCGGCACCAGUCGAGCCGAACCACAUCCACGCGUUCUUGUGGUUUGUGGCGGUUCCACUGAAACAGUCAUGAAGGAACUGUGUGGAUGAAAGCCACCCACUGCCCCGUUUCAGAGGGCCGCUCUACAAUCCACCACACUGAACAGGCAGGAGGCGGAGCCUUGCAGUGCUGAUGGCCACAAAGGCAUGAACUCCAGUUUCUGCAAUAAAAACUCAUUCGACAGGUCCACCAGUGAAA